CAGUACAGGGUUCUUUCUGUCAGGGAAGUUUUCCAGUCUUUGUCUAAGUAACUGCCUGCUGUGCCCUGCACUGUAUUAUGCCCUCACCUAUUCCUCUCAAUUGCUUUCUUCCUUUGGAGCUCUCCCCGUCUGUGGACUUGAGGCCCUGCAGCAGCCCCCUAGUUAUCCCUGGCAAAGAGGAGAAGGCAUUUUUGGGAGGAACCCCCUCACCCAGGGUCCGCCGCCUGCCUCCACGCCUGGCCUGGUGCUCCAUCGACUGGGACCAGCUCUGCCUCCUGCAGCCCCUGGGCUCUGGGGGCUUUGGGUCCGUCUACAAAGCCACCUACCACGGUGUGACUGUGGCUGUGAAGCAGGUGAAGAAGAGCAGCAAAAACCGUCUGGCAUCGCGGCAGAGCUUUUGGGCUGAGCUGAACGUUGCCUGGCUGCAGCAUGAAAAUGUGGUACGUGUGGUGGCCGCCAGCACGUGUGCCCCUGCCAGCCAGAACAGCCUGGGCACCAUCAUCAUGGAGUACGUGGGCAACAUCACCCUGCACCACGUUAUUUACGGCACCAGCGACACGUGGAGGCAGGGGGAGGACGAGGAAGGAGGGUGCAGCAGGAAGGCCCUGAGCAUGGAGGAGGCCGUGUGCUAUUCCUGCGACAUCGCCACGGGCCUGGCCUUUCUCCACGCACAGGGCAUUGUGCACCUGGACCUGAAGCCUGCGAACGUCUUCAUCACGGAGCAGGGGGUGUGCAAGAUCGGAGACUUCGGGUGCUCCCAGAAACUGGAGGACGGCUUGUCCCAGAGCCCCCACGUUUCCCAGCAUGGGGGCACGUACACGCACCGUGCCCCCGAGCUCCUCAAGGGGGAGAGGGUGACCGCCAAGGCGGACAUCUACUCCUUCGCCGUCACCCUCUGGCAGAUGGUCAUGCGGGAGCAGCCCUACCUGGGCGAGCGGCAGCACGUGCUCUACGCCGUGGUGGCCUACAACCUGCGCCCUUCUCUGGCUGCCGCCGUUUUCCACGAGUCGCCCGCGGGCCAAAGGCUGAGGAGCAUUAUUAGCUGCUGCUGGAAGGCCAACGUGGAGCAGCGCCUCAGCGCUGCCCAGCUGCUGCCCAGCCUCAGGGCCCUUAAGGGGAGCCUCUAGAAAAACUGAAGAUAACUCCUAUUUUAUUGUCAGCUCAUCUUUCCCUCCACCUUCCCUCCAAACGUGAUGGGUUUAGCCCCUCUCUGAUCUGAAGACUUUGUUGCUCUUUUUAUAUUAAAAAAAAGUCACUUUGUUAUAAGAAGAUUAUAAAUAAAGACAUUUAACUGAACUUUUGGGUUUUUAAACCAUGGAGGGGAAUAGAGAGGCAAGGAUCAAGAUAUUGGUGAAUAUGACUUUCUGGUUGAUCUCCGGUGUGCUGCCUCGUUUAGGGGAAAAAAUGGGGGAAUGGGACAAGCAAAAGAAAUUGUUGUUUUGAAAUACAAAAAAGGACUGCUUUUGGGAGGUUUUGUACCUAAUGCUUUUUGGUGUUUCCAAUUAUGAAAUAUGAAUGGUUCUUUAGACUAACAGUUUUUGUAUUUAAACUUUUCUUCAUAAAUGAAUGCAGAGUGCCAGUGUGUGUGGGUUUUUUUUUCCUGUUCUUAGAAGUAGUUUUGUUGUUUCUGAAAUGGAACAUGUAAACUACCCGAUCUCCCUGUUGACACAAGAGACCUUCUUGUUGUUCUAAGACUCCUGAGCAUAAGUUGAUAGACAUAUUAACAACCUGUGCUUUUAUAAACUUUCCAUGCUACCAGGUGUUUGUUGCAACUUGCUAGUUGGUAUAUCGUAAACUGCAGUAUCUGAAGUAUUACAAGAACAUCUUGUGUAGAACAGAAAUUUCCUAGAUCUUGGAGGUAAAAGGGGAAUUUAAAAAAAAAAAAAAAAGAAAAUAUGAACUGUAAGGGAG